UGCAGGGAGCUGCUGAGGAGCCACAUGGUCCAUCCCUGGAUUCUCCAAGCACUGACUGCCCAUCCACUCUGACCACAGCCAGGAGCCACAUCCCACUGUCUCCUCAGCAUCCAUCCAUGGAGCCAAAGUUGGAAAACCGCUUCUGACUGCCAUGUGACCCCACUGAGUCUUGGAGAGCAACACCAGGACAGGGCACAGAAGGACAGGAGUGGGGAACUCCUGGUGAUCUGGGGACAUCCUUCUGCAUGGUACUGACCUGGGAGGAUCCACUUUGGGAUAUGGAUGCCAUAAGAGCAAGAGGAAGCAUUAGGAAGCAGGAAUUCUUUACCUGCACAGGACAUACAGAAGGAUCUCUCCUUGUUCCGUGUGUGGUGAGUUUUACAACAGGGCUUUUAUCCAUCAUAAUCACACAUAGACAUUGAAAGGUUUUUCUUAUCUGACACAAAAACAUCAUUUUCUUAGAAUUUAUUUGCACAUGUCAGCCUCCUAGUAGAAGUAAUUAUUUGAUCCUGAAAGUUCAGUAAGAGGAGUCUCUGGUGUUUUUAUUCACUGGGUGCUGUGAUAUUAAAGGUGACCUUGCCUUGAACUUUUCCUCUGGCUAUGCACUGUUGCUUCCUGUAACAGAACUUGCCCCAGAAAUACUGCAGGCCUCCUAAUCUGUUUCUGCACCAGCGCCAGCCAUGUUUAUCAUCCUGUGUCCACAUCUUUACAUCCAUUUAUCUCUCUGACCAGUCAGUCUUUAAGCAACUUCAGGGGAGUUGAAAAUGUUUAUUCUCUGUUAUUUAUCAACCCCCUGCACACCAGCCCAACCCUCCCACCUUCCUCUCCCACCCCACAAUUCCCACCGCCCUCCUCCCCUGCACAUCUCACUCCUCCCCUCUGAAUCCUUCCCACUGCAGGGAGCUGCUGAGGAGCCACAUGGUCCAUCCCUGGAUUCUCCAAGCACUGACUGCCCAUCCACUCUGACCACAGCCAGGGGCCACAUCCCACUGCCCAUCCAGCAGCCAUGGAGGUGAGCAUCGCCUCCCCGUCUCCUGACUCACCCACUGAAGAUUAUCUGUGUGAGAUAGAUGUCACCAACGUGGCUGUAGACAGUGUCAUGCUGCUCGUCUGCCUCUGUGGUGUGGCCGGGAACGGGGCUGUGCUCUGCCUCCUCCACAGGAACUCCAUGACGCUCUACUUCUUCGACCUGGCCUUUGCUGACUCCCUCUUCCUCCUCCUCAUGGUGCCCUCCACCCUGCUCUGCCGGCUGGAGAACAUGUCGUGCUCCACCAUCAUGCCCCUGACUUACUUGAGGACACUUUUUCUGCUGUCACUGCUCCCCUACAACCUGGGGCUGUACCUGCUGACAGUAACCAGCAUUGACAGGUGCACAUCCAUUCUCUGCUCACGCUGGUACGACAGGCACCGUCCCCAGCGUCUUUUGGAGGUGGUGAACGUCCUCUUAUGGGCCCUGUCCAUCGGUUUCACAGUCACCAUUAGUUCUCUGUGUCUCUGCCAGGAGCACGAGCACUGCCAGGGAGCUCACAUCUCCAUGUACGCCCUCAACCUCAUCCUGUUUGCCUCAGCCAUGGUCAUUUGCAGCACAGUCCUCUUUGUUAAGGUCAAGUCUGACCCCCAGCAGCAGCAGCCCAGGAGGCUUGACACUGCUAUCCUCCUCACUGUGCUCUUUGUCCUCCUCUUUGCUCUCCCCCUCAGCCUCUGCAAUUUCCUGCAGCAGCUCGGUUACACGGUUGUGCCCUUCCAGGUGGUUUUGCUGCUCACCUGCAUCACCAGCAGCAUCAAACCCUUCAUCUACUUCUUGGUGGGGAGCUGUGGGAGGGACUGCUCUGUGGAGGGCUGCAGGAGGCCUUCCUCCAUGCAGUCCCUAAAGAAGGCACUCCACAACGUCUUUGGGGAGCCAAAAGAAAACACUGCCCACAACAAUGCUGCUGCUGUGGACACAGCAGUCUGAGCCUGUGUUCCCUUCCCCUGCUCUGCUGAAGGAUCCUGAGACAGUGGCUGAGGGUUUCCUUGAGUCACCUGAGCAGGAACUCUCCCAUUUGUGGCACUCGGAGGAUCCUUGAAUUCCCACCGAUCCUGGGCGGAUUCUUCCACUCCUCAAGGCCUAACCCUUGGCCUGGUGAGGAGCUGCAAAGGUAUCCAGAGUGAGAAAUCCAGAAGGGAAUUUUUCACAGGGACUUUGCACUCACUGUUUCUCUGCAUCCACACACGUGUCAUAUUUCUUGUUUCAUUGACUGGAUAUCCUUUGUAAAGUUUUUUUUCCAUGGUGUGCCUGUAUGGUCAGGGCUAGAGUGAACCGGGCCAAUGAACUCUAGUGUGCUGAUGCUCAAUAUUAAAUGUGGUUUUUACUGAUCCCCUUGGCGGUGACUUUUUCAGCGAUCUCAAACACUCGUUUGGAACACUCCCGCGGUGUAAUCCUGCAGGAGAAGGGAGCAGCGGCAUGUGGGAGGGAUGCUCUGAGGGGAGCAGGGCUUUCCUCCUCCCUCCCGGCUCCUAGAACACCAUGGCCAGGACGGGCAGAGACGCUGCCGGGAGUCCCGGCUGGAGCAGGGAAGGAGCGGGGCUGCCGGGUUGGGAGGUGGCCCGGCGGGGGGUGAUCUAGGGUGUCCGAGGAGAUGAGGAAGGGUCAGGGAGGGUCGGGAAGGGUCGGGGGGCUCGGAGGCUGCCUGGAUGCUGGCGAUCCCAAAUGUGGCCACCGGAGGGCAGCAGAGCCCGAG